AUUAAAUUACAACAGUGGUGGCGAUCGAUCGAAUCCCUCCACCUCCAUACUCUUAUUAGCUUCCUCCAAUAGCCGCCAGUCCAGCCGGCAGCCAUCAGUUUAUAAGAGAAGAGAAGAGAAGAGAAGAGAAGAGAAGAGAAGAGAAGAGAAGAGAAGAGAAGAGAAGAGUAAUAGUAAUAGUAAUAGUAGUAGGUAGGUUCACUUUAUACAUCCAGUCCUGCUCUCUUCAGACUCUUCCUCGUCUUCUUCUACCUCCUACAAUAUAUUUGAUUUGAAGAAGAGAUGAUGAAUUUUGCGGUGGGUUUCUCUCUCUCCGAUAUAACAACAACAACAACAACAACGCCGCCUUUCUUAGAUCGGAUGACAACCAAAAAUAAUAAUCAUCAUCAUCAUCUACUGCUCGUUAGACCUUCCAUCGGGGGGUUACUGCUGCACAGGCACAGACACAGACACAGAAACAGGCUCAGCCUCAAGAUUAAUAUUAAAAUAUCAAACCAUGACGCCCUUGUUUCUUCGGACAUGGCGCCUGCCAAUUUGGAACAAAAAGGGAUAUAUCUAGCAAGGAAGAAAAAGACAGAGGAGGAGGAGCAGGAGAAUCCCACCACUCGGAACAUGGGAUUAAUCAGGACAUUGUUAAUUGAUAACUAUGAUAGCUAUACAUACAAUGUCUUCCAACACUUGUCAGUAAUCAACGGAGUGCCUCCUCUUGUUGUGAGAAACGACCAAUGGACUUGGGAAGAUGCUUACCAUUAUUUGUACCAAGAAAAUGCCUUUGACAAUAUCGUCAUAUCACCUGGUCCUGGUUCACCAACAUGCCCCACAGACAUAGGAAUAUGUCUUAAGCUACUUCAAGAGUGCGGAGAUAUACCUAUAUUGGGUGUUUGCCUUGGACACCAGGCCUUAGGAUACGUUCAUGGUGCACAAAUUAUCCAAGCUCCGGAACCAAUCCAUGGACGUCUGAGCGAAAUUGAUCAUAAUGGAUGUAGAUUGUUUCACAACAUUCCUUCUGGAAACAAUUCAGGAUUUAAGGUGGUUAGAUACCACUCCCUUGUUGUGGAUGUUGAAUCACUUCCUGAGGAACUCAUACCUAUAGCAUGGACUUCUUCAGGGACUCUCUCUUUUCUUGGUGCAAAAACGUCUAACAUGAGCAAACAAGGAUCUCUCUUGAGAAAAUUUUCAGAAGAAAGUUCUGUGCCGAAACAUUGCAAUGGUUCUCAAGAAGCUGGGAGGACAAGGAAGAAAAUCCUGAUGGGUGUUAUGCAUUCUAAGAGACCUCACUAUGGCUUACAGUUCCAUCCGGAGAGCAUUGCAACUUCUCAUGGAAGGCAAAUAUUUAUGAACUUCAGAAAAAUCACCGAGGAUUAUUGGCUAGGUAGAGAUUGUGGUCCUGCAGUGAAAGAGAAGCCUCAUCGUAAUGCAUGCACGCAGGUGCCCCAUGCAGGAUGGUGGUGUAAAGAUGUCCUUAAACGUCAACAACAUUUGAAUGAGCAGAAUGGUGGGGUGCUUAAUAGUAAUAGAUUUCUCAAUCUGAGAUGUAGAAAACUUGAACGGUUGGCGAAGCUAGUUGGUGGAUCGAAAAGAAUUUUCUGUGAAUUGUUUGGAGAGCACAAGGGCGACAACACUUUUUGGUUGGACAGCUCCUCAGUGGAGAAGGGAAGGGCGCGGUUUUCAUUUAUGGGGGGAAAAGGCGGAUCUCUCUGGAAGCAAAUCACAUUUCGAUUGUCUGAUCAAAGUGAUGGUGAUGAUCCAUUUAAAAGUGGAGGCAACUUGGUUAUAGAGGAUGCUCAGGGAUUUACCAGUAGCAUUUUCCUCAAAGAUGGCUUCUUCGAUUUCUUGAACAAGGAACUCCAGUCUAUAUCUUUUGAAGCAAGUGACUAUGAAGGAUUGCCAUUUAAUUUUUACGGAGGAUAUAUUGGUUAUAUUGGGUAUGACCUCAAACUUGAAUGUGGCAUGACGAGUAACCGUCACAAAUCAACUGCACCAGAUGCAUGUCUUUUCUUUUCAGAUAAUUUUAUAGUUGUAGAUCACUGGAAUGACGAUGUGUAUAUUAUGUCACUACAAGAUUGUAGUAACACGGCGGCUCAAGAAGAUUGGCUAGAUUGUAUUCAGUUAAAGCUUCUCGGUUUAAAGGAUUCAUUCUCGUCGACUCUUGCUCCUCCUCCUCCUCCUCCUCGAACUCCACUAGCUGACUCGCCACCUCCCUCUGAAGUGGGUUUUAUCCUAGAUAAAUCCAGAGAUGAAUACAUAAAGGAUGUGGAGAAAUGUCAGGAGUACAUUAAAGACGGAGAAAGCUACGAGCUUUGCUUUACAACUCAGAUGAGAAAACCGAUAGGAGAGACAGAUAGUUUAGGCCUUUAUCUCGACCUCAGAGAAAAGAAUCCCGCACCCUAUGCUGCUUGGCUCAAUUUUUCAAAGGAAAAACUUUGCGUCUGCAGCUCAUCGCCCGAAAGAUUUCUGAAAUUGGAUAAAAACGGAGUCUUGGAGGCAAAACCUAUCAAGGGUACCAUACGUCGUGGGUCAACAUCUGAUGAAGACGAACUUUUGAAAUUUAAGUUACAGUACAGUGAGAAGGAUCAAGCUGAGAAUCUAAUGAUUGUUGAUCUUCUGAGAAACGAUCUUGGUCGUGUUUGUGAACCGGGGUCUGUUGAGGUUCCUAAUCUAAUGGAGGUGGAAUCAUACGCAACGGUCCACACCAUGGUGAGUACAAUAAGGGGGAAAAAGAAGAAGUCGACUAGUGCAGUAGACUGUGUGAGAGCUGCGUUUCCAGGUGGAUCGAUGACGGGUGCACCAAAGUUGAGAUCAAUGCAACUUCUAGAUUCACUUGAGAGUAGCUCUAGAGGGAUCUAUUCUGGUUGUAUAGGUUAUUUUUCAUAUAACCAAACGUUUGACCUUAACAUUGUCAUUCGGACCAUCGUCAUUCAUGAAGGGGAAGCUUCCAUUGGAGCUGGUGGUGCGGUUGUGGCCCAGUCUACUUCUGAAGAGGAGUACAAUGAAAUGAUACUAAAAACUAGAGCACCCCUCAGUGCAAUUCUCGAUUUCGAGAAGAAGAAGAAGAGUCUGUAUCCAUGAUAGACAGACAGUACUUGGGAUUUCUUUUUUCAUUGUUUGGGUUUGAUUAAUAUUUUAAGCUAGAAUUGUGACAAUUAAUAUAAAUUUGAUAUAGGGCAUACUUGACAAAUGAUACAAUAAUGGUUGUUGCAAUUGUUGGCAGGCUUGCUUUCUUUUAACAAAUUAGCCUGCACCACAUUUUGACAAAAGUAUUGUGUGGAGUUAUAUGUAAUAGUUUAUUCUGAUGGAUUGAUCAAAACUUUUG